GGUAAACUUGACUUGGGAAAGGAUUUCGGCUUCGAAAUCAUUUCAGUUUGAGAUUUUGACCACGACGGAAGUGUUAGCCAAGAUGCCCAUCACAACUCCGAAAGUGCCGGAUGGUUUGCCGGAACUUAUGAAAGGGCUGGCGAAAAGUGUCAUCAAAGAAAAUCCGGAGAAUAUUUACGUCCAUGCGGCAGAAUACUUCGAGAAUCUGAUCCGCGAACGUGAUGGUUCUUUGGAGAAAGGUUACAUGAAUUUCAGUGCCCACAAGGUGUACGCAGAUUCCAAGGACAAAGGCCGUGAAAAGAACGGAAAUCAGAGCAGUGAAAGUGCCGGCGAGGCUGUCAGUUCAUCCAGCGGUAUUCAGGCACAAACGGUUAGCGAUGGAGAUGAUGACGAGAGUGGCGGAAGUGCCAAGGCGUCUGCUAGAGGAAAACGUAAGAAGCGUGCACGAAAGCAAGGCUCAAAAGGUUCUAACAAAUCGGUGGACAAGAAUGAUGCACCGGUUUCGGCUGAUGUGUUAAAUAGAAAGGGUAGUGCGAAAGGUACGACAAAAGACACAAUUACCGAGGAAGUGGUAGUGACGAAAGAUACAAUCCCGAAGGAAAAUGCAAUUGGGAAAGGGUUGAGUGUUGAUUCGGAAGCUGCUGCCAACGCGGUUUUGACAGUGUUAGGAGAAUCGGUACUAGAUCUGGAAGAAGCAGACCGAGAAACCGGAGAGGUCGGCACGGAAACGAAAGAGAACCAUGUACAUCCGAUCAAUUGUGAAGAUGUGGGUUCUUAUCCGCCGGAUUCGAACGACCCAGAAGUGGAAGAUUUUGGAAGUGCUCCAAGCACAGCUGAAAUUGUUGGUGAAGUAGUUGUCGCAGCAGAAGCUCUAGUAGAAAGUGCUAACGGAAGUAAAGAAGUCGAGCAGAUCUCAUCAAAUAUCGAUGAAGUAGAUCUAUCGUUGACGGAAAAUAUAUCUCCAGAAAAAGAGGAGAAAGAUACGGUCAAUGGUAAUGGAUUAGUUGAACAAAUGGUUGAAGACAAACCAGAUGAACAGGAUUCUGGUGAACCUGCUCUGGUAGGACAAGAUACGGUUGAUACUGCAGAAAAUAAGGAUCAUAUUUCGACUGAAGAGGUCCCUGUUAUGCCAGACAUACCUGAUGAAGAGCCUAAAGUAACGGACGAACCGAUAGUCGAAGAAUCACCCAAGAACGUUAUGGAAAACUCAGAGACAGCACAGGAAAAUGAAUCAAACGUAGACAAAAAUUCAGUUGAUGUUGAUGCAAAUGAUAUCGAAUUAACAGUUGAAAGCGAAUCUGCUGAUCCGGUUGAAGACAACGGGAAAGAAAUCGUAAAAAGUGACAGUGAAAAUCUCUCGGAUAAGUUGACAAAUGCUGAAAAAUCUGAUGAUCAGGACUUAGUUCAAGAAAAAGAUCCAUCAGCUGACGAAAAUACAGAACAGUUGACUGGGAGUUCUCUAGAUAAAGAGACUACUCCUGAUAAACCUAUAACGGAAGAAGAUACUUCUGCUUCCGACAAAGACAAACCAGAUAGUCCUCAAACAGAACAACCAGACGUGGAAGUUGCGUCAAACGAAGGCACAGUAGCAUCACCGGUAAUUGAAUCGGAAACAAUUGAACCAUCUGAAGACAAGUCUGUAAAAGAAGAGCAAUCAGGAUCACCACAGGAACCGGAUGCAGUUGAACCGGUAGAAGACGCACCACCCGCAGAAUCCAUUUUGGAUAGUACUUCGAUAAAACAAUCGCAGGAAGAAACCGAAUCGGAGCAAAAUCCAAGUGUUGAUCAGUCAGACGAAGCCACUAACGAAUCAUCUACCAAAGAAUCGGAAGCAGAGGAAUCCGUUGCGGUAAUUGAUCAAAUGUUGGAUGCCGCUGUUGAAGAAGGCGAACUGUCGGUUAGUAGCCGAAUGGCCGAUGGCGUUGAAGAACCUGAUGCAAACCCACAGGAUCCAGGCGAGCUUGGAUCUAGUGAAGAUACACCACAGACGAGUAGUGAUGGGAAUCAGCUUCCUUCAGAACCGUCGGCACCUCCAGGCGAACCGGAAUCAGAAGAUAAGUCAAAAGACGAAGUCGAAGUUGAAUCAAGUCUGGAAGAUAAACCCAAAGAGACUAAUGAAGCUUCUGAAAAUGCUACUUUGUCUGCUAAUAAAUCCAUUGACGAUGACCAGAAAGACGAAGUUGUUGAAGAACCAUGCGUUCAGCGGGAAGUGUCACCCUCUACUUCCAAACCGGAACGCAAGUUGGACCACAGUGCCGAAUUGGAAGAGAUCAAGAAAGUGAACUUGGCGUCAUUCGACGCUAAUUCAGCCGAAGCCCUUUUCUAUUCAUUGAAGAAGUCCGAGUUAGAAAAUGAGGAGAAUCGUUCGAAAACUCCCAGUGAGGACAAGAAUGAAGAUGAUGACGCCGAUGUUGUGGUUUCCGAGGAAACCGAUGAUCCAAGCCAGAUUCGCCGAGAGCAGACCAAACGAAGCUUCACCGAUGAUUUUUUAGCGGAGGGCCCCAUCACUGAGGAAGCUACAGAGCCAACCGAAGGUGAUGGGGUUGAAGGUAGUGUGAUGGAUGAGGUUUUUGAUCCGAUGGUGGCCGCUACAAACCGUAACCAGGAUUUGCUUGAUCAAAUGCAUUUCCGAGAUGAUUCCAGUAUGAACGAGCCCACGAAAAAACGAGCUCCCAUGCGACGUAGUUUAACGGAGAAAGCAGAUUUGUCUAGGCAAGACUCGAACUAUGUCGAUUUGAGAAAAUAUGAUCCAGACUACGUUGAAGAGGAAGAUCAAUUCGACGGGUACUACAUUGGAAAUAUUCGUAACAAAAUACUUGCCAGUUCUGUGUCCAUGGCAGAUUCCGAUGAGGGUGAUCCAGGGCGUACGGAAGAGUUGAUAGAUGAUAACAACGUACGAACAGCUCUGGAAACGAUCAUAUCGACUGAUACGGAAUCAACUUUACCCUCGCAAAUAACGGUGCAGGCAAACCGAGGUUUUUUGAAGAAAACAUCCAACAUUCCGUACGCUUCGUUCGGCAACAACGCUAUCGAUCAGUCACUGGACGAGUUCAUUGAACGUGAAGAACAAAAGAAAGAAGAGGAGGCGGAGGCAAAGGCAGCAUCCAAGAUUCAACGAUCUUACCGACAAUUCCGUUCGAACAAGCAAAAACUACUGAGGGACUACCACAGCACUAUGCACACCUUCACCGAAGAUCAGUCGACGGAAAGCACGGAGGAUUAUUCGAGUGUCAUUAAGGUUCAGGUAGAUCAGAAACAACCGGCAGAAGGUUUGAAAGAUGAUUCAUUUGAAGCUGCUAGGUUGGAAAACUCACGCAAACCGAUGUACAGCUGGAACAUCGAUGAAGACGACACGGUAGCUCGCCGGAUGACGUUAACUCGCGGUACGGCACUACAGAAAAUGUCUACAAGGGAAGACGAGUCGAUCAGAUCGAACCCUGGGUUGACAGACGCGAAAAGCUCCGGUGGUCCUUCAGCUAGAAGCAUUGGCACCGAGAAUGGCAGUGUGAUUUCAUCCAGCGAACUCUCGUCGGAUAAGAAAACCGGCACCGACAGUGACGAGAAGGAAAAUGACGUCGUUCACGGCUCCUCAAACUCAAGCGCACCAGCGGCGGACGGAAAAAUUCGCCCGCUUAGUGCCGGCAAAAAGCACAGCUCACUAGAUGCACAGCAGAAGUUGUUUAUCGUCGCACGGCAACGCACCAUGCCGGUGCAGAUUGAUUCAUCGCUGAUCCGAAUGCUGCCGAAGCACCUGCGAAAGCGCAACAAAAGCGCCGGUAUUGUUCGGAAGUAAACGCCAGACAGGUUGCGUCGUUUCGAGCAUGGAGAAUGGAAUUUGAUUCAGGGUUUUUUUUGUUGUGUUUUGACGUUUGAAUAUUUUGGGCACACAUUUGACCUUUGA